AUGACAGAGACUUCAUCAGUUAAUAUUAUGGACCACUCUUUAACCAAAGGCAGUUCGGCGCUAAGGUUAGUCGACGUUUCGUCCGCCCAUGUGCCUCAACACUUAAACGGUGUCCAUGGCUUAACGCUACCACCUACAACACACAAGCACUACGCAAGCGGCCAAAGGAAAAUGUUGAAUCCAUUCAUGGAUACUUCUCAUGGCCCCCACAUCCCACCGGGCGCCCUUAAACUAAGUCCACCACACCCCAUGAGCGACACAGCAAAUUCAGUGCACGGCCAACCAAACCACCAAUUUGCCGCUCAGCCAAAUGGAUAUGGAGUUCCACAUUCGCAUUCACAUCAUGUCGGAUCGUACGCAGCCAGGGACUUUCUCCUACGACGCGAUCACAUGGGGCUGCCUACUCAUGAUACUAAUGCUACAUCUCACCACGGGAUGUUUGUACCAUCGUCGGGGGGCCUUCACGGGCCACACCACCCGGACACUUCAUCUAGUCAUGUGCUGUUCCCGGGUUUGCACGAACCGGCUCAUCACCACCCGAGUGCCGGUCACCAUGUCAAUAGUCAAAUGAGACUUAGUAUUACCGGACCAGAUAUGUACUCCCGGGCUGACCAAUUCAACCAGAUGACCAGUCCCCGGACUGAUCAUUUUGCAGCGUCACAGCACCUCAACAUGGGACCGAUGAACGCAAUGAAUCAUAUGAACAUGGGACCUCACGCGCCGGGCGCUUUUUUUCGCUAUAUGCGCCAUCCGAUCAAACAGGAACACACAUGCCUGUGGGUCGAUGGUGACCAACCUGAGCCUAAAAAAUCGUGCAACAAAACCUUUCCGUCAAUGCACGAAAUUGUGGCACACAUCACCGUCGAGCAUGUGGGGGGCCCCGAGCAGACAAACCAUUCUUGUUAUUGGCAGAACUGUACAAGGGAUGGGAGGCCGUUCAAGGCCAAAUAUAACCUUUCGCAACUUCUCAAAUGGGUUUAA